CGGAGCCGGGUCGGGAUCUGGGCCGUGACUGGGAUCGAGCUCCGGUCCGGGAUGUUCCGUAUCGAGGGACUGGGGCCCAAGAUGGACCCGGAGGAGCUCCGGCGGAAGAUGCGCCGCGACGUCCUCGCCUCCGUUCGCAACUUCCUCAUCUACGUCGCGCUGCUGCGGAUCACUCCCUUCGUCCUGAAGAAGCUGGACAGUAUAUGACCCCUCCGGGCCCAGCGCACGAACCCGCGCAAUGAACUGCAGCUGCUCUCCCCCAGGCGCUAAUAAAGGUGGUAUCAGAAGCAGCCAGCCAGCGCCAAAUGGUUCCAGACGCCUCACCUCAGCGUGUCCAGCCGGGAGUGACCGCCGGGCUAGCAGCAUGGGCAGAGCCCCUGGUCCCUGCAGGAGAAUCCUGGCCGUGCAGCGCUCCGUGGUGUGGUCAGGCAGUGACUGGUGACAGAUGUUCCCUGUGCUGCGUGAACAAAGCCCCUGUCCGUCCUGCACGUGCUGCCAUGUGCUGUUGCUGCCCAUCUCACCCACCUGUCCGUGUGACACGUCCAGUCUUCCCUGCACCCAGCUCACAAAGUUUGAUUUGAAAUAAACGGGAGAGCAGCUGUGUCUCUGGGCGUUGG